UAUAUAUUUCAUGUGUAUGUUUAUUGAGUGUACUACGCUAUUGGCUUAAGAGUAUGAUGAGAGAUCCUCGUCUUUCAGUUCUCUUACUAUUUGCCGUCUCCAUCUUCGCACUCUUCACCUCCCCCUCUUCUUCUAGAGAUAUGAAGCUGUACAUGCUCAACUGUAGAAAUCAUGAGUUGCAGCAAGUUCAGAAGAUUAUAAAUGGUGCAACAAGCAGCAAAGAUGAAAGCAAUGUAGCAAGGAGAAUUCUAAGAGGGAUAGGUUCAUCCCCACCACGCUGCGCAUCUAAGUGCGGCAAGUGCAGACCAUGUAGACCAGUUCACGUUCCGGUGCCUCCAGGGACACCCGUUACUGCCGAAUAUUACCCUGAAGCAUGGAAGUGUAAAUGUGGUAACAGGUUGUACACCCCUUAAACAAAAAAGCUAAAUACUCAAUCUUCAUACUAAUAUCCACAUAUUGGCUUCUCUUAUUUGCAUCACCGCAUGCU